AUGGCGUCCGAUGUCUCACCCCUGGGAGUGGCCUCAGGAAACCCAGGUUCCAGCACUCAGGCCGGAGGGUCCAUGGCGCAGAGAGGAAACAAGCGCCGCUCUUCUGGGUUGGAUUUUGACGAUGAUGACGACGAUGAUGAUUCCGGACAGAAAUUCCUCAGGUGUGAUGACGACCAGCUUCCUAAUGACAAGGAGAGGUUUGCAAGGGAGAACCACAGCGAGAUCGAGCGAAGGAGGAGAAACAAAAUGACAGCAUACAUCACAGAAUUGUCCGACAUGGUGCCCACCUGCAGCGCCCUGGCUCGCAAGCCAGACAAGCUCACCAUCUUACGAAUGGCAGUGUCGCAUAUGAAGUCUUUAAGAGGCACAGGGAAUACGCCUACAGAUGGCACCUAUAAGCCAUCCUUCUUGACUGAUCAGGAGUUGAAGCAUCUGAUCUUGGAGGCUGCAGAUGGUUUCUUGUUUGUGGUAUCCUGUGAGACGGGCCGGAUUGUCUACGUGUCCGAUUCGGUGACUCCAGUUCUCAAUCAGCCCCAGUCGGAGUGGUUUGGAAGCUCAUUGUACGACCAGGUCCAUCAAGAUGAUGUGGACAAACUGCGAGAGCAAUUAUCUACAGCGGAGAAUGCCAUGACAGGUCGUAUCUUGGACUUAAAAACCGGCACAGUGAAAAAAGAGGGCCAGCAGUCCUCUAUGAGAAUGUGUAUGGGUUCCCGGAGGUCGUUUAUCUGUAGGAUGAGGUGCGGAAACACUUCUGUUGACUCGACCUCCAUGAACAGGCUGAGUUUUAUGAGGAACAGAUGCAGAAACGGUCUGGGCCCACCCAAGGACGGAGAGCCACAGUUUGUGGUUGUACACUGCACAGGGUAUAUCAAAGCUUGGCCACCUGCAGGUGUUUCAUUACCAGAUGACGACCAGGAAACCGGGCAGAGUAACAAGUUCUGCCUUGUGGCCAUUGGCAGGUUGCAGGUCACAAGCUCUCCUAACUGUACAGAUAUGAAUAGCCUAUGCCAGCCAAUAGAGUUUAUCUCCCGACACAACGUGACUGGCAUGUUCACAUUUGUUGACCAUCGGUGUGCCUCCACAGUGGGCUACCAACCACAGGAACUCCUAGGGAAGGACAUAGUGGAGUUUGCCCACCCAGAAGACCAGCAGCUUCUAAGAGACAGUUUUCAGCAGGUAGUGAAAUUAAAAGGCCAGGUGCUGUCCGUCAUGUUUCGGUUCCGGUCCAAAAACCACGAGUGGCUGCUGAUGAGAACCAGCUCAUUCACCUUUCAGAACCCGUACUCUGAUGAAAUCGAGUAUAUCAUCUGCACAAACACUAACGUGAAGAACACCAGUCAGGAGUCGCGACCUGCUCUCUCCAGUACUAUGCAGAGACCUCCACUGAGUCAGAGUAUUGCCCACCCUCUGGAAAUGGGCCCGGGACAGCUUGCCGCCAGACAACAGCCUCCGCCGCAAGCAGAGCUAGAUGUUGUAAGCAGCCGAGAUAAUCUGGGUACAUACAACCAUACACAGGUUCCAGUUCAGCCAGUGGCAUCAGCAGUUCCUGACCACAGCAAAUCCAUGGAGAAGUCGGAUUCCCUGUACGGACAGGAGAGAGAUCCCAGGUUUGCAGAAAUCUUCAGUGGCAUCAACUCAGACCAGAACAAAGUACUCAACACCAGUGGCGUUCCUGGCAACCAGCAACUUUUCCAACAAGCCAGCACUUUCACCCCAGCCCCUCGUACCGUGGAUAGCUUUAGGAAUAGUGGAAUGGGGUCUCCAGCCAACAUAAUCCAGCAGCCCGUUUCUGCUGGGCAGAUCCUGGCUCAGAUAUCACGGCACACAAGCCCCACACAAGUCACCGGCACCAACUGGAGCUCAGGCACAAGGCCAUCAUUCACAGCACAGGCACCAAAGACCCAGUCUCCUUCAUUUGGUAUGGGCAACUUCUCGGCAACACCUUCCAACUUCAGCCCAUUGUCCUCCCAGAGUUCCACAUCCUCUCCAGCCGGUGUUGCCUACCCUAACCUAGCCAGCAGAACCAACAGCUUUGCUACAGAUGUCGGACAGUCGCGGGUUCCAUUCCAAACACGGGCGGCCGAUGCAGUAGGAGUUUGGCCUACGUGGCAGAGUCAACACCAUGGGCCGAGCACCACAGACACACACGUCCAGCAACAAGCUCCCCAAACAGAAGUUUUCCCGGACAUGCUCUCCAUCCUGGGAGACCAGACCUCGAGCUACAACGGCGAAGAGUUUUCCGAGCUCAACAUGUUCCAGUCCUUUGUGGAGUAGAAAAUUUGUUGUUUCUAGCACACAAAAUUGAAACCCAGAUGCCUAUAGACUGAACUUCCUCCCGUCCUUGGUGAAGGCCACUCAUUUCUCAACCUCAGCGAGCGUUUAGGAAUUGAUUACCAUUUAUGGUAAGAAGAGUGGAAAAUCGAGAAGGACCUCAAAUCCAGAGCUUGGGAGGAAGACGCACAGGACAUCACAAAACUGCCUUCCUUGUGAACUCAGGAGACGUCAACAUGAAGCUCUCCGGCCCUCACCAGCUUUAAAUCUCAUGUUGUGCCACCAGUUUAUACUUCACCUUCUUCCCAGGAACACGAAGCACACCUCAAUACUUGUCAGCCUGAACACAUUUCAUUUUUUUUCUAGUGCUGUGACCCUAAAAAUCUAUCAUUUUAGGAUCGAUCAGGGAUACAUUUUGCAUAGGAUAAUCACAGUUGUAGUCUGUGCCUUUUUUAAACGAAAAAUGUCAGGACAGGAAAUGGAGAAAAAACCUAAAUAUAAAUAUCUUUACUACUACCUGAGGCAUUCUCUACCCAUGGUGGGCUAAAAUGACUAUAUGGGGCGAGACAUCGAAUGUCCGCCCCGUUCUGCUUAUUCGAUAAUUAAUUUAACGCUUUGGCCUACAAGUGGCUAUAUCAUUGUCUUGCACCUUAGCUAAAAACAAAAGUGUCUGGA